AGCGGUGCCAAGAUCAACAUCUCGGACGGCUCGUGUCCGGAGCGUAUCGUCACCGUCACCGGCUCCACAGACAACAUUCACAGAGCCUUCGGAUUUAUCUGUAAAAAGUUUGAAGAGGAUCUCCAGAACACGCCCACCACCCCUAAGCCCCCCGUCACACUGCGCCUCGUGGUGCCUGCCAGUCAGUGCGGAUCGCUCAUAGGCAAGCAGGGCUGCAAGAUCAAGGAGAUCAGAGAGGUCUAGGCCCUGCGGCCCUUCCACCUCUGUCGUGGCCCGGCCCUCUGCCCCCACCACCACCACCUUGCCUCACUCAUCUCCUCAUCCCUUCCCCAGGCUUGGGUCCCAGUCUUCAGUACAACCCAAGGCCCAGCAACCCUGGCCCCCCACCCCCGGCCCUCCCCAGCCCCGGUCAACAAGCUCAGGAGAUGAACAUCCCCAACGACCUCAUCGGAUGCAUCAUCGGCAGGGGUGGACAGAAGAUCAAUGAGAUCAGACAAGUGUCUGGUGCUAAUAUCAAGAUCUCCAACGCAGAGGACGGCUCAUCUGACCGCAAGGUGACCAUCACCGGAUCCCCAGAGUGCAUAGGACUGGCCCAGUACCUUAUUAGCACCAGGCUUUGGUUAAGCAUGGAAUUGCAUAAGACUCUGACCCUUGACCCUGCCUCCUUGCCCCCCGUGUCGUCUGUGGCUGCCCCGCUACCCCCCUUACCCCCCCACCCGGUGGCUAUGACCGUUAUGAAACCACUCCCUCCCCCUCCCAUGCUGGGCUUGAAUGGCCUGGGCCAGCUGAUGGACCCCGCGGCCAUGGCGGCCCAGGUCCCUAACUCUAUGGCCAUCGCGUGCUCCUUGCCGGGCGCCGCCCCAAUGGCUGAGCGCAAGCCACUCACCACCAAAAUGAGGCUGGGUCUCACGGCUACAACGGCGUUCAAGGCAGCGGAAAGGCCAAAAUUUACUCCGUACUGACUAUAUCCUUACGUUUAAGUCGUUCAGUGUUGUAGAAGUGUCUAGAGUGUUGGUGACUUUUUCCUGUGUUGUUUCUCGUGUGCGAGGUGGUUGCCUUUCCCCAGUUCUCAUAUUUAUAUCUACCUUAUUUUUAUAAGUCUGCAAUGGGUUUUUUUCUGUUUGGUCUGGGAGCUUGGAUUCAACCUUUCUGCUUGUUUAAUUUUUAUAUGCUUGACUUUUGCGGAGAAAAGGGCAUCCUUGGAAGUUUCCACUUGUAGAUUUCACUACAAGUUUGGGCAAAGUUCUAAUCAAAGCAUGCCUUAUUUAAGCAGGAUUGUGGAAGAGUUUUUUAAAUAGAAAUAUGAUGACAUUUUGAAAUGUACUUACUAUUUUUAGUGCUGAUUUGGCCUUUUGUGUGGUCCUAUUAUUUCUGUAAAUAGCAUGUGUCCUCAUUAGGAAUUGCUUACCAUCUUGUAUCACUGUGGCUCAAUAUAAAUGUGUGAACUGGGAAAGGAUGUAUAUUAAUUUCUACAAUAUUGGCUCAGAGCUGCCUGUGAAAUCUAUAGCAUGAUGCGGGAGAAUUCCUUCUUCGGCAUACUCAGUUGAACAGGAGAAAGCAGCAGUACUGGAGAGAUGUUUACUCAAGUUAGACAACCAUCUCGAUAGUUCUGUGAAAAUGAAAGCAGCUGUCUAUUUAUUUUUUUUAAGUCAAGACAAUCAGUUAGGAAAUAUAGUGCUUGAACUGUAGCUUCGUUGAUUGUGAAUUGUCAAAGUCUUGACCUUCCAGCAAGAUCAGAUUAAGAUAAUUCAACCACUAAAAAGUAAAAGUUAGGAUAAAAUUGAAUUACCCUCAGAAAGAACUUUAUAGUAAGGAUGAAAUUGAAUUUCCCUCAGAAAGAAUUUUUUAGUAAAGAUGAAACUGAAUUUGUCUGUGAAAGAAUGAAGGUCAUUGCGGAUUUGGUAACUGAGGUGAAAGUCUAACAGAAGUGUACAGUAAUAUUCAGUGAUCGCCUAGAGGAGGGCCGCACAAAGACUAUAGAUUUCACGGUCAGCUCUGAGUCUACGUUAGUAUCCGCGGACAGUUGAGGUGAGGCACUACUUGAGCGACUCCAGCAAUAAUCCUCCCCCGAAUGCUCGUUGAAGGUUUUUAGAUUUUACAACAUCCACACCUCUUGGUUUUUUUUCAUUUAAACCUUUCAAAUGGUAAUUUGUCUUGUUUCAGUACUUAAAGAAGAAAUACAGGGUUUUUACUUUAUCCCGUUCUAUACUGCCAGUGAAUGUUUCUACAUCUGUCUUAGAAGUAUGGGAAAAGACAUCUAUUUUUGUCUAUUUCUUUAUAAAAUUCUAAGUUAUUUGUCAGGUUCCUUAGUCGAAAGAAGUAGCCUGUUUUUCCCCCAUCAGUGACCUUGAUGUCGUAAUUUCUGACCUUGUGAAUGCCAGUAGCCGCUCCCAGCCCACCGGGCAUUGUUCCUCGUUCCAUGUACAUAGCCUCCAGGUAGACAACUGUUGUCUCUGUACUGUUAUCGAACCAAUUGCUCUGUUGAAUGUUCCAGGAAACCCAAACCUUUUACGCCGACUAAUGUGUGUGUGUGCGUGUGUGUGGAUAUGUACGUGUUUCCAUCCUUGUUUCAUGUAUGUCCAAGAAAUACUCAUGGCUACAUUGGAAUUUUUCUCUUGAAGAAAUAUGAUUUUCAUUGUGAAGUAAAUUUUUUUUAAUGUGUGUUCUGUACUUUUUUUUUAUUUUGUCAAACUCUAAGAUAAAGCAUUACAUCUUCUGUGUCAUUUUGCUUCCGUUAAAAAUAUUUGCAGGUAUAUAUAUAUGUCCAUGUUUGAAUUAGUAUUACUAAUAUAACCCAGGUUUCUUUCUUUGAAUUGUUGCAAUUGGAUACGAGUUGCACUGUAAUGUUUUUUGUCAAAUGUUUUAUUUAUGAUGGCCAAAAAGACAUUGUGAUGGAAGUUGUCCCUCAGAAGGUUUGUGAUGGCUGUUCAGCCCUUGCCUUAGCUCUCAACAGUUUCUAUUGUCACUUUUUGUGGUUUUACACCCAGGUUAGUCUCUGUAUUAUAUUCUACCCGUCCUUUUGGCAGUUGUGCCGUAGACAUGAUGUUUACUUCAAGUGCAGAUUUCUGCAAAUUAUAGACCAAAAAACAACUAAAUAGCAAGUGUGGGUGGCUUUGCUCUUGACACGACUUGUGUAAAUUAAUGAAGUGAUUCACUCAAUGGUUGACUCAUUUGACCCUAUGUACUUACUUCUGCUGACAACACAGGUUAUGGGGAAAGACAGAUCUGGUUGAUAGUGUAAGGUUUCUUGAUUUGUUGUUUCUUAAUGAGGAAUUCGACAAACAUGGAAGACUUAAUUUAUUUUUAUUUAAAAGUUUUUCUUCUUUAGCGUUUUAUAGCAACUGAAGGGAUUUAUGAAGAAAUACAUCUCAGAAAUACAUGUAGGGCAACUUCAGGGUCAAUUCGUCUGUGAAACAUAUUUACAGAAACUUAAGGGUUAAGUUAUUCCAAAAAUACGUAUAGGGCAGCUUGAGGGUUAGAACUUAUUUAUCUCUCAGAAAAGUAUAUGUAUAGAGCAAGUGACAGCUAUAUAAGGUAAGAUAGAUUCACUUUUUUCUCUAAAUGGGAGGGAGAAAAAAACCUUACCACUUUCUCUAAGCUGGAAGGAAAGCAGAAAAUCCUUCGAUACCACCCUCCUCUCUAAUGUUCUCUAUCGCUCGUAGUUCUCUUCAAAGUCACAAUGUGCUCAGAGGUCAAUGGUUUAGUGUUUUUUUUACUCAGGGACGCAGUGUAGGACGGACACGCAACACAGACAAACUAGUGCGAUGAUGUGUGUUCCGACCAGAGAAAAUAGUGAUGUUUUGUUGUCCUGCACAUUACUCUUCCCUCUUCCAUCAAUGAAAUAUCUGUUGUCGCAAGAGCCAGUUCAUGUCUGAGCUUUUGUUGUAUUUUUUUUCCAGUAUUUUGUUUUUGUUCCAUAUCAGUUCGUGGGUGGACCCACAUUUGCUCAAAACUACGCUUUAAUUCAGGAGCAUACAGUUCUGCAUCGGACUGUUAAAAUAUUAAUGGUCUGUGUGAAGACAGGAAGUUUGUGAGAAGUCGUAUCCUCUUUAUACAGCGGCGGCUUUACCUUUAAUCUGUUACGCAUAGCCCAAAAUGUGUUUGUGAAAUCUGUGGCUGGAAUGCAAUAGUCUGAUAAUCCACAUUUGAUGAAAACUGGAAGAAAAUUAUUGUUAAGGUUUCAAAGUUGCAUAAAAUAUGAUACGAAUAAACUGCAUGUCCAUGUUUUCAAUAGUUAUGAUUUAGAUUAAAUGAAAAUUUCCCUUGGAAUUAUUCUUAUAAUGGUCUGGUAACCUCUUGAAAGCUCUUCCAACAGGUUUGAAACAAGUUCAUUCUAGUCAAAACAAUUUGCACCUUAACUUUUAUUCUUGUCCCAUUUCCUGUCACACAGCCAUUUUUGAAAUGACUAGUUCUCAGCUAUUUUGCUUGACUGUUGGAGCAUUGAAACCAUUUAUCUUAUCUAGUGACAUCAGUGACAGAGUUGCAAAUGUGGGUUACCAGAUCAUGAACAAAGCCACAGACAAACAAACAGAUGGAUAGACGAAUACAUUCGUAUCUGCGUAGAAUAUUAUGUCCCAGGCCCGUAUAUGAUGACAUGCGCAUAAAUUUGUGAGAAAUUGUAAAACUGUUGAGAGUUAAUACUGGGACAUUCAGGCCAAAGGUCUCAGUCAGCUUGUGGUCAUGUUGCAAGUCCACCAUCCAGGUUGUGACCUCUGAUCCCCGGGGCAAAGUUCUUCAAACUACAGCCUCUCCCAGUUGUUACAGGGUCACGAACUGAUGGGGUCACCAAGCAUAGCGCAUGGGAUGCCUGCUAUGCCUCGGUAGAUCUAAGUGAAUGCUGAAUGAAUAAGUUAAAGGAUCUGCUGGUCAAUCAGUUUAUUCAGUGGAUCACUCAACAAAUAAACUACUUUUGAUUUGAGUGCACACUUUACAGUAUAGAUGGUGGUAUAAGAGAAAAUUGCACAUAGUUCCAAAGUGUUUGUUUUUUUUAAAGAUUGGGGGUGGCUGCUAUCUUAGAACUAAUGAGUAAAGUUGAAGGUUUUAGAUAUUUUGGGGUACUUUCAUUUCAAGAAUCAGGUCAAAAGAUUAAAACAAUUUUUAUAAAAUGUUAUACUCGAAGAGAAAUACCAUAUGAUGUAAUAUAAAGCCUGUUACUAAUUGGAUAGUUUGUGGUCAAAUUACUGCCACAAUUUGGAGGCUCAAUGACGUCAACGGCUUCUUGAGAAAAAAGCUGAAUAACAUGAAACUGGGUUAUUGUCGAACAAGUUUGAAGAACCCUGCCCUAGAAGGAGGUUUAGGUUUGGGAAAUGCUCGGCAAUGGAGACAGAUGUUUGCACAAAGGCAGGGCUGCGUGGGGAGCCCCAGCGUUUUCCUGUUCACUUACUACUCUAUGAUAUUUGUAGAUGUUUAUCUAGUCUUAUUUCCAGAUGUCCAGUUCAUUUGCAGCACAAUCUUCCUAGACACUUGGUUGUGAUACCUCAUUGGGGUCUGAGUGGACUGGAAUUUUUCUUGUUUUCAACUUCUACAAAUUGCUUUGCUUGUUCUUCCAGUUAAAAAAAAUAAAUGUUGUUGGUGUCAUAAAUGUAAAUGAAAAACACUGAUAGGAUAACUUUGUUGGCAAUAUAUUUCUGCACAUUUUAGAUUGUAAGUGAAAGGGACAUCUUCUCAGUUAUAAGAUAGUCCCACUUUUUGGCCAUAAGUAGGGCGAGUCGAAAGAAUCAUCUACUUCCAAGAUGGAAAGACUUUUUUUUUCAUAAUGUUUACAGUGCAUGGAUAUGUAAUCUGCAUCUUCAGAUGAAAUCAGAAAGUGAGUCACUGUACUGUAAGAUGGUCUAUCCGUACAUGUGACAUUUUUUUUUUCAAUGAAAAAAUAGGAAAGUCACAUAAGUCACAGAAGAAAGCUUUUCGUCCCUUGACGUUUUUACAUCCACACAGAAAUAGUACAGUCUCCAACGUAAAAGAAGAAAUAUGUAUAUUUAUAGAAGAUUCAUGUACAUUUUUACAUUUGAUGACGUCGUCGGCGACUGCUAUGAGGCAUCACAACUGUGUGUCGUUUCACUGGUUUCUACGCGAGUGAGACCUCUCUCUUUGAGAAGGGUUUUUUUUUGUCUUUUGAUGAUAAUACAGAGUUUGAGUGGUUUUUAUCUUGCCUUUGAGCAGACAGAAACCAGUUCAAAGGGUUUUUAAAUUUUAUAUAUAUAGAGAAAGAGGAUUUUCCUUUUAUGUCAUGGUCGUAUCAGUCUGGCUUGUUUUGCCCGGCGCUCACAUUACAUGUAUUAUGAUAUAAUAUAUACAUUUAUGUAUACUUAGUCAAGGCAGUCCGGACACUAUUUUUGGGGGUGCAAUAUGUCAUGUGUUCAACCUUUUGUAUAUAUAUAGGAUUUUGUAUGAAUGUAUGCUCAUGUGUGUAUUUGUGUGUGUGUAUUUGUAUGUGUGCACAUGUGAGUAAGAGACGGCAGAAAAUUAAGCAUCGUUCAGGAGAGUUGGUUACCCCCCCCCCCCCCCCUUUCCCUCUUUUACCAUUCACAUACUCAAAGUCAGGGGGAUCUCUGUGCCAUCCAUCAGUAUGGUAGAUAGAACCUUUUGACUCUGAGCUUUGUUGUCAUUUUAACCACUGCUGCCAACGUUCACCUACCAACCAGUCCUAGUGUGUGAUUUUCAUCGCAACUGUUUUUUCACCCAGUUCAACCACAGAAGCCACAAACCCUUUGAGUUUUUUUAAGGCGACCUUUGAAUUUUGUCAACACAGAAAUGCACAACAUCUUUAGUUGUGGGAUCAGUAUUUUCAUUCUUUCUUUGUGUUCAAGGAAUCAACUUACCGUUUGUCAAAUUUUGCUUGUUGGGUUCCUCAGUGGUGAUCCAUAUGUAACCAUAUAUGCCAAAUGUCAUUAUCAACCCUACAUGUAUGUUUGUAUUAUUAUGUCCUUCAGUCUGGAAAUGGAAACUAGGCCUCAGUGCAGAUUAAAUCAGUGCACUUCAGAUUUUCUAGGUGUGAAUGUAUUAUGGGCUCAAACUAAAAACUCGUCUGUAGACUUUUAAAAACUUGUCCAUGAACUCAAAGCUAACAUAUCCUUCUCCUCAUAAUGAGUGGGAAGUCGUUUCAACUGCCAUUUCUGUGCCAGUGUGUGUGUAUGUGUUUUAACAUACACGUCAACACUUUGACAGUUAGCAACAUUUGAGUAGGGGAAAUUUCACACAGAACAUUGGAUACGAAGAAACUUGACCAAGAGAACAUCAAAUUAGGGAAAAUUAUCCAAAGAACAGUGGUUUAGAACAGGCAGUGGAGUCACACACAGAAUUGAUCUGACUUCUUUAAACUUCUGUAAAGCCUCAGCGAUUGUGCAAAGGAUUGUUGUUUACAUAAGCCUUCUCCUGACCCAGACAGAAUUUGUUCUGCCCUCAUGCCAAAAGCACAGAUGACGACAUAAGAAAGAGAGAGAUGGAGAGAAAGAUACAAAAAAAUAAAUUUUUAUAAAUAUAAUAAUAUGAACAAUGAUAUGGUGUCUGUCCUACUUCCCAUCCUCCCCCACCCACCCCCAUCCACCCCCUUCCACUUAUCCUCCCUUCCAAGCCCUUCCCAGUAGCAUAUUGCUGCAUCUUUUAUUCGACUGUAGCAUCUUCAUCGUCAUCAUUAUUACUUGUCCUUUAAAGAAGAUCAUUUUGAUCAAGGGUGAAACUUCUUGUUUUAUGAACCGUUGACUUCAUUGUUGAUGGCCGUGUUUUAUGCUUACAUUUUAAGCACUUACAUAUGAAAGUCUUACCAUCUUAAUCUUAUUGAUAUACAUAAUCUAUUGCAAUACAUUUGUACAAAUUUUGCGUCUUAUAUUUACCAUAUUCUCCCUCCCCCCCCCCCUCUCCCCUUUCAGAAACAUAUCUUUGGGUUUGAUUUGUAGAAGUUUGGACAAAACAUAUAUUUUUUUAAUGUAAUGACCAUGCAUAUUAUAAGCGACGUAAAGCUUGAAGAGGCUGUCCUAGCUGACUGUUUGGCCCAUCAGGUGUCAAAGGAGUGAACGUGGCCUCCUGAGUCCACGGUGCUCCCCCUGUGUGUGUCUUUGUGUGUGUGUAUUUGUCCAUGUGUGUGAUGUGUCUUCAUCAUGCUGCUUCCUCUUUCUUACUCUCUUUGUACACUGUAUCAGUCUUCUAGCUCUAUCAGCACCAGCAAGUGUUCUCAUUGGACGCUUUGUUGAGUUUUUUUGCAUCCGAAGUUUUCGAUCAGUAUGCUGCUGAAAGUGCAUAGGUAGGUUCUGUAGGCUUCUUUUCUCACUGCCUGUGUCUUCUCUCUCACCUUUCUGACUAUUUCUUCUCUACUUCACCUUUGAGCUGACCGGCUCUCAUUCUGUUUACCUCUGGACAGUAAUGCUCAUCUUUAGAAAUGGAAAGUAUUAAGGAACAUCAUUGUCCUAAGAUGCAGCUUUAGUCUCUCAAAUACAUUUUAAAGAAGGGAAAUUUUCACUAUUGAAAUUCUAAAGCCAUGAGAUCCUUGAGUAAUUCUAGGGAUAUUUAAGAUCAGAAAUAGCUGAUUCCCUGUGUAACAGUUCUUGCAGUUCAACAGAAUUAAAUAUUAUAUUAAUAUAUCCAUACUUUAACAAACAGACAUUUGCGCUAAUCCUAAAGACCUUAGUAGGUCUUUAUUUGUAGGCCUGCCCCAUAGUGACUUACAACUUGUUUACUGAAAAUACUAGCAAGUAUGUGGCUGCAGACAAUUUACUUGUUUUGAAAGGAUUUAGACAUUCAUUUAGGUGUUAUGUUUUUAGAUUAUAUUGGCUGGAUGAUCCCUAGUCCAUAAAAACAAACAUUACAUGCUUGUUUUUCCAGCUCAUUUUUUGAAGAUUUUUCCAAGUCUUGAAUGAUUUUUCUCCCAUAUGAACUCAUUUUAUGUCGGUGAUAUUAACGCUUAGUUGGCAGAGAGUUAAGAGAGUAGUGUGAGUGUGACCAGAUCCAGGCACCAAGAGUGGACCAGAGGCAGGCCUCAGCAGCCGUCUCUGUACCUAGCGAGCAUUUCUUGGUUGUAGGGGACGCGUGGCGUGGGGGAGUCGUGCGUCACUUAUGCCACUACUCCUUGUCUCUUCGGCCAGUUUGCUUUAACUUUGACUCUAAGCCACUGGGUUUUGUUUUGGGCAUAAUAUUCAUACACAUACACACAUGUUUCUUUGUUAUAUUAGAUUCUACUUUUUGAACCUGUACACUGCUUUUUUGAUGUUGGUAGUACUUGUGUAGCCAUUUUGAACGUGAUGCAGAUUUUUUUUUUCACAAGAAGAGAACACUUUCGACUUUGGUAUGUGGCUCUUCUCUACCCUAAUGGCCUGCCACCAUACGCCUACGUACAGAGAACCUUUUGCAUGCGUUGUCUUUCUCUACGAACAGGUUGUGAUUCAGUGAUUUUGUCCUUCUCUGAGGGAACCCAUAAAUUCAGUUGUAAAGAUAUAAUAUUAAAGAAAUUAUUUUAUUUAACUUACAGAGAGUUUACUAUUCAUGAUCAUUUUUCUUCUUGUAAUAAUGAUGAUGAUAAAAGUAAUGACAAUAUGAAUAACAAUAAUGAUGAUAAUAAACUUGAGAUGAUGUACUGGUCGUCCCAUGUACUUAAUGCCUGGCUCCGCCCGUGGCGUGAGAGCCCAUGUGUGUGUUUCCAUAUCAGCGACAGUACAAGAGCCGCCACCUGUCCGAGCCAGCGCUGGACACAGAUUGGACGGUCGCCAGCCAUGUUCCUUUCGUUUCACUCAUUUCAAUUGUCUUGCACAGGCAUUCAUAUUUUUUUUCAUUUCUUCAUUACACAAGGGUUUAUAAAAUUAUGUCCUCCCUUACGGGAAUAAAUAUUUAUAUUCAUAUAUAUAUAUAUAUUAUACAUUUAUAUACAUGGUAUACAUGCAUAUUUGUUUUGUACAUGUACCAGUGUCAUCUUGAGCAUCCUGCACUGUUUCAUGGUGUGGUGAAUACAAUUACAAGCAAAGACCAUUGCAUUAGAGUGACUGCAAAUCAAUGGGAAGCCAGAAGGAUUUCAGUUCUACAAAAUCCCAAAUUCUUUAGAGUUGAAAAUGUAGAGAUAAGAACUUCUAAACUAAAAGCAUGCUGCGAAGCGUGAGUGGAAAGGUUCUGUAUUGUAUUCUUAAUGAGGGUGAGACCACUGAAAGGGAAUUUGGGAUGCAGCUGAUGUUGUUCCCUACUCAGAGCUAGUACUGUCAGCAGUACGUUUGGCAUGUCACUACCUCAAAAUUACAAAAUACUAUCUGACAUUCUUGGCCGUUUUGAGUUACUAAGAAAGCAAAUGUCUUAUAUCCUCUAACAAAAUUAUAAGAUUAUCGGAGGCGUUAUCCAGAAAUUCAAAGAAUUACCCUCGAAAAAGCUUGACAUAUUGCGAAACCCAAAAUUUUUUACGCCAGAUUUCUCAGCUGAGCAGAAAGAACUUUGUAAUUCUAAGGUAGCGAUGUGGCAAAUUAGGCCAUCUCCCAUUUAUCUGUUUGGAACAAAUGAGAAAAAAAUCAGUUUAGUAAAGACCCCAUAGGUUGUCAUCAGAGCUGCAGUGGGGUAGUCUCUUCAUCAAAGUACGAUAUACGCCACAAAAAUACGUACGAUGGGAAAAGAACCCUCUGUCUACCUCAUUACAAACCAUUUCAGAACCAGAACUCAAAUCUGAGAUAGAGAUUAAAUGCUAUUACCAGUCAUUACCAUAAUUUCAAGCAUAAUAAUAAAUAUAAUAUUUACAAAUAAAUUCAGCUUCCUUUCUCUGUGGAUUUUGUCCAUGGUUGUUAAAAUGUAAGCUUUUUUUACUCAAGUCCAGGAACAGUUUCUCUCUAGACAGUUUAAUAUUACUAUUAUGUAGAGUUGAACAAUCCCUUGUUUAUUUCAAAUAAAUCUUGAGGAAGCUCGGUUGUGAAUGUUGGCUUGGAACUUGGAGGUUGUAAUUGAGAAUCAGACCAAGGCAUCAUAAUCAUCUCCUUCAUAUCAGUUCCCAUAACCGUGAGGGGAUGGUACAAUUCUGAUUGCGUGAUCCUACUAUUGUGAUUUGUUUUGUUUGGGUUUUUUUGCACCUGUUCCUCUCUUGAUUACCCCCCCCCCACCCCAUCCUCCUUUUUAAAAAAAUUAAACGGUAAGGUGAGUGAAGUGAAGCUCCUCGCCUAUGACCUUUUCAACAAGCAAUGACUAUUUAUAUAAGCAUCACCCAUGUUUUGAAAUAUCUUUUUGUAUGAUUGUCACUGCAUAUUUGAAUGCAUGUCCAGUGUGGGAUUGUGAGGACGAUGAUGUAGGGGUUCUGUUGUUUGGAUGUAGUCAAUGUUUGUAUAAUUAUUUAAUUAGUUUCAUUUUUUAUUUCUUAAAGUGAAUUUAUAAAACAAAUGAGUCAGCAAUAUGGAACAUUGCCUAUGUCAAGAUUGUUUUUGUUCUUUAAUUUUUCUUGUGUACCGUAUAUGUUGACACUUCACAUCUUUUAAUGAAAUACGUUCAAUCACACAAAACAUUAUGAUAACCAUGAAGUACGGAGCGUGCAGUUCUGGGUUUUUUUUCCUCUUCCUCUGUUGAAUUGUUCUUAUUAUUAUACCAAAUGCUCAGACUAUCAAAUUAUGAUAGCAUAAUUGGGAGGAGUAGAUUCCGUACAGGAAAACAUUCGUCAUGUUUGUUGUGGCAUAGCUGGCCAGGGUGCAAGGUUACACACAAAGAAGCAAACAUUUUAAUGAAAGAGCAGCUUUGAAAGUUUGGAAAACAAAAUAUAUCUUAUUACAUUGUUCUCAUAGUAACACAAAGCAGACUUUUGUUAUUACUAAUAUUACUAUACAACCUCGGAGGGUACAGGGUUUUCAGGUCACCAACUUCAUGUUGGAUUUUUAAUUAAAUUAAAUUUAUUCAAGCUCACUCAUUUUGUGUUAGUGACAAACAGACUACAGACAUAGACAUAGGCUACCACAAUAUAGGACUGCAGGUUAAGUUGAAUGGUGAAAUAAAUCGGCUGUGAGGGUUGUCCUUCCAGCUGAGCUAGACUAUCUUCCAGGUAGAUAUUUGGAAGCAAGAAACACCACACCAGUUGUCAGUGUCAGUCGCUGAAUCUUUUGAUUUAAUAGAAUUAAGCACUUUAUAAAGAUGAGAAUUACUAAUAAUUAAUAGUUAUGCAUGCAAAUUACUUUUUCCUCAUUUUUUUAAUCAAGGAAGAUACUCCAAUUGUAGAGGCAAUGUAGCGUAAAUCUUUUAUCAACUCUGUCCGUUUAUGUCCUACUUUUUUUUUUCAGGAUCAGUUUUUUAAAUUAUUGAACAUUUACUCAGGUACAAAAAAAAAAAUUCAGAUGCUGGUUUAGUCUAGCUGUCUGGUAAGCCCAGGUUUCAGGUAGGUAAGGAAGGAAAUAACCAGGCAAGAGUAGACAAUGGACUGACAACACACAGCAUCGCCGACAACACACGUCAACAGUAUCAACAACAACACGCAUCAACCACACCACACAACAUCGCCGAAAACACGCAUCAACCACACCGGGCAACAGUUACUACACUCAGCAUCGACGUGCUGGAGACAGCGCAGGCAACACAAGAGAAGAUUCUUGACUUUCGGAAGCUGCAGCGAUCCACCCCGGAUUUCCUCAAGUCCUCAAACGAUGCACCAGCACACUUCCACUAGGCUCAGCAAUAGACAUUUUUUUUUUUCUUUAUUGUUUGAAAAUAUUAUUUCACUUCUUUUCCAGCUUGGUACUUCCAUAUAUAUAAUAUUUAUUCAUUUCUUUUUAAUGCUCAGCCGUAGCACAAACUGAACAGAAAUGUUUCCCCCCUUGCCAAUGGUGAAGAGCAUUAAUUAAUUUUGUUUUUAAUAUGUUAAUUUUGCAAGGUGAGAAUAUUUCUAUGAUGUGAUUUGACAACAAACAUUAAAAAAAACAUGAAAAUAAAGAUGACAAAACGUGAA